GACAUACCUGAGUGACGUCACCCAGGUAUUCAGGCAAGAAGUUCCCGAAUGGAGCCUGUGUCUUCUUGGAGUCCGGAGACCGUGAAAUGCUAUUUAAGGGGACUAGACCCCGCAGUACAGGUUUAUCCAUUUCAAGAAUGGAAUGUGACUGGGAAGGAUCUUCUUUGCCUGUCCUCGCAACAGUUGGAUGCUUUGGGAGUGAGAUGCAUUGGUCACCAGGAGAUUAUUCUUGAGGCUGUUGAACAGCUUCGUGCCCUGCACUUUAAGCUACAUGCUGAAAAUCUACGAUCCCUAACUGAGAAGCUAUAUGGUCUCUCACAAUCAUUGUGGUCCCAUAUACUGAGGAUGAGGAAGGUGGCGUCACAUUCUCUCACUGCUGCCCCCACACCCAAGCAGCUGAUUUGCAUUAUAGACAUUGUGGCAGCUGCACGAGGGCUCUUUUCCUGUCUCAACAGGUACCUAUUUUCAAGGCUCAACGAUUACUCUUCUAGUCGGGAUGUCAUAUCGCUUUGCGUGGAGCUGGCGGAAAGUGUACACAAGGACUGGUCAGACCCUCAUGUUGAGAGCAGAAUUGUCUCAAUAUGCCAAAACAUCUGUGGGACAUGUGAGAGUAUUCUGAACUGCAGUCCAGAGGAUCUCCUGAAUCAGACUGCAACACUUGAAGCUGUACAUAUAAAGCCUGAGCUGCCCCACUAUAAUCUGGGUAUAGAAAUAAAGUCUACGUCAUUGGGGCAGCACUUUGUCUGUGGAACAACAGCAGAGGCUCCAGCUGGACAAAGUAGCAAAAUCGUCUCGGGAGAUGAGAUAAUUAAAGUGAACGAUCAGGUUGUGGUAGGUUGGACACAUAAGAACCUUGCCUACAAGCUUCAGGAGAAAACACAUUGUGUAGCACUUGUUCUCAAGAAAGUCUCCAUUCCAUCCACUUCUGUAUCUCCUACUUCUCCCACAUUCUUUAUCCAGCACUCCAGCAAAAGCGCAUUCAUUUCACAUAGUGAGUCAUCUUUACCAAAAGCUGUCAUUACAACUGUAGCAGCACCAGUUACCCCAACAAAGGACACUCCUCCAGUUUUAAACAUGAAUAGUGUAAGCACAUCACCAGUAUUAUCAGAUAUGUUCUCCUUUACUAAUAAACACAACCCUGGGAUUAAUCAAAAUCAGGGCAGCACACAUCAAAGCUCACAUACCAUCUUAUCUGUAAACUGCCCUCGGUCUCCAACAUUUUGGGAAUCUACUUCAGUCUUCCCCUUGUCACCCAUAUCUCCAGAAAACUUUGAUCACAAAGCUAUUUCCAAGGAGGCAAAGGCUUUACCCAGUACAGAGUCUGACAUCUUACAGAAUUCCCGGUACAUAUCCCGUCCAAGAAGUAGUUCUGACUCAUUCACAACGCCUACUGUUAGCCCUUUCUCUGCCAAUGUAUUUGCUGGAGCCCUACGUCCAGCACUUUCAAACAGUAACCUAAAAGCUUCUACGGGACCUUCUGUACCUGUUAAGACUGAUGUUCCUAAAGGAGUUUCUGCAAAGUGUGCAUCUGUAGUAGACGAUAACAAGGCCUCCAAAAGUCCCCAAACUGUAAAAUCACCCCAUGUUGCAGUUACCAAGAACAACAGUAAGCAGACACAGCAUGGCACAGAGAAAUCACCUGGCGGUCGUCGAAAAAAGAAAGGUGUGACAACCAAGCUAAGUCGUAGACGAGUCUCCUGUCGGGAUCUUGGGAACCCCGAUUGUGAUGGCUGGUUGACAAAGAAGAAGGAAAAUGUUAGUUUCAUGACUCAGAAAUGGAAACGUUGCUGGUGUGUUCUGAAAGGAGAUCGUCUGUACUGGUAUAAUAUGCCUCAGGAUGAAAAGGCACUUGGGUUGGUUAAUAUUUCCUCUUACAAACUGGAGAGUGCAAGGGAGCCUAAAAAGAAAUAUGAGUUCCAGCUUUGCCAUCCAACCUACAAGCCAUUUGUGUUUGCUGCAGACAACCUGUCUGAUUUGAGCAAGUGGGUGACCUAUCUUCUAGCUGCACUUAACAUGCAUAAAGCAGCACCUUCUGCUAGUCAAGCACGAGAAGAAGACUGUUACAGCGAAACUGAGGCAGAAGAGCUGGAUGAAGAUCACACAAAAACUCGAGACAUGGUAAAGACUCCACUGACACAAAGUCAGACUAAAUCAGGGGCAAGUUCACCAACUGCUAAAGAAGAGAAAGGCACUUCUGCAAGUGGGCAAAUGCUGAAAGAAAGCGAUGUUCAACCCGGAAAUGAUACUCUGGAGUCUCUGAUCUCUUGUCUGCAGCAAGGUGGAGUCUCACUUAUUGGAACAAAGACUGUGCUUACUCGGCAUGACUACCAGAAAUCAUUCUUUCGGAGAAACAAAAAUCCAGAAAUAAACCAAAAAGCACAUAACCUACGUGCUCUGCAAAGCACCUUGAAAGCAAAGCUCUUGGAACUUGAAGCUCUGGAUCAGAUCUUGGAGAACCCAAGCCUUAGUUCUGCCAUAUUUAAGAAGUGGAAAUCAGAUCAUGGGCAGUUGUAUGAGACCUUAGGUAGAAGUCCUAAGCCAAGAAGUGCAUUAGUUGAUACAUGGGUGCAUACUGAUUCAAGCGGGGAGGAAAAAGAGCAGUCUGAAGAUAUGGUGUAAAUAACUAAAAUAUUUGUUAAGUUGGUAUCUGAGCCCCCCCUCCAUGGUUUAAUAAUUUUAGUAAGCUUAUAAAUGCAUUCAGUGGGAGCACCUAUGACACUAAUAUUCUCUGUGCCUGCUGCAAACUGCUGUCAUUAUAAAUUAUCAGUAUCUCUCUGCCCAUUAUCUCCUGUUCAUAUCCUGUUCAUCUUAACAGACUUGUCCAGUCCCAAGACCUUAGGCUAGUACUACAGUGGGUAUUUGCCCCUUUGCUCGUCCGUGUCUCUGCAUGCACUGACAGGUUCUGCUUUGGUUUGGGUGCAGACAGGCUGAAUGCAUUUCAGCCAGAAACGGGAGUGUACAUUUCACACCAAAAUCUUCUUUGUGCUUAUACAGAGGCCGAGGAAAAGUCCAGUGUGGCACUAGGGUUGCCACCUUUUCUGGAAAAAAAUUCCAGCCUUCCUAUUUAUUUAUCUUUUAACCCUAUUAAUAACAUUGGGAUCAACCAUCAUUUUUACCGGCCAGGCAGGUAAAAUACCGGCCAGUUGGAAACCCUAUGUGGCACUAAUCUUAAAAUCACAGUAUACACCCCUUUUCAACAUAAGUUCAAUGAAUGGGCCUUGUGCAGAACAUACUUUUUGCUUAUUGUUUUAAUUAAGAAUUAGGUAGGUUUUGUUAUUACUGACACUAUACAAGAAUAUGAAGCCAGUAGCACUUCCUGUCACUUCCUGCAGAGAAUGAGAGGAUUUAAUAAUAGCAAAAUAAUAGGCAGAAUGCAAUUCCUAUUUAUUGUGCUAAACUUAACUGCAGAUUUAAGUAACUUAUCCAUUUGAUUAGCUCCUUUUGAGCUGCCUGCCAUUAUAAUUGUCAAGUGAUCAUUCCUCAUUCAAUGCAUAAGCCUUUUGGGAAUGGAUUAACUAACUGCAUGAAGGUGAUGUAGGUAAAGACAAAGUAUGUAAACAACUACAAGAAUAUAGGGGAAAAAAAGUUCUUGCUAAUCUUGCUAUAAUAGCAUAUUUUAAUCUGACGAUUAUAUAUAUAUAUAUAUAUAUACAUGCAUUGCAAACUUUAUGUUUUGAAUAAAUGAGUCAAAAAGUG